AAAAAGCUGUUGCCCGACUAGAACAUUCCCAGGAGUGUUGACAUGUUGUGAACAUGGGGGGCCGUGUUUCACGCGUGUUUAGAAAUUUUAACUUGGAAAACCGUGUUCAUAGAGAAAUCGGGAAACCCAAGCCUUCAGCAGCCCCUCGACACCCCUCAACCAAGGACUUCGUUGACAAAAUGUCAAAACAUUCUGAAAUUAAUGAAACUAUUCAUCAGAAAGAUGAACCACUAGCGAUAUUAUUAAGGACGGUUUAUGUAAACUCAGUAGACCCAGCUCAACAGGACUUGAAGCAAAAGGACGUACCAGCUCUGAUGGAAGAAGAGCGUAGGCUUCCAAAAUCCAGAUUGCAGGGUAACCCUUCUGGCUUUUCGGACGUUCAGAAUGUCCCAAAAGGCAAACUUUCUAUUGUCGAGGCUCUGACAGUCCUCAACAACUACAAACACUCCCCCAAAAUUUGGACUGCUGAAAAAAUAGCCCAGGAGUACUGCUUAGACCUGAAGCACACCAAGGCACUUCUAGAAUUCUUCAUCCCCUUUGAAGUUAAAAUCAUACCACCUAAAUCAGAGGAUAAGAAAAGAAUAAAGGCCACAUAGUACUGCCAGGCUUUUUUCCACUAUCAAGGAUGGAAGAAAAUACUGCAGUACUGAAAUAAUUUUUGUAUGAAUGCUGUGAUCUCUUCAUUUUAUUUUGCAUUUGGACCUUUGCACAUAGCAUAUCUGUCUUGUCUUGUUUUGUAAGAGUUUACAGCUAAUGAAAUGAUUUCAUAAAUAUUACAUGUAAUGCAGUUUUUGCUUUGAUCUCAUAAGUAAAGUUUUGAAACUUUUAACAAACAUGUAUUUUAGUUUUAAAAAGACAUUUGUGUUAAAAACAGAAAUGUGUUCACAAUAGAAUAGGCUUCUUUCAAAAUGGCAACAAGUGAUAUUUAUGGGGGGAGCUGUUUCGACCAGGGGGUAAAAAAGGGAAACUGUAUUUCGAUGAAACUGAUUAUUUAUUUUUUGAAUGCCUGGUCUUAAUUGAAUCCAUAUCUUUUUCUUAAGUCCUUGGAGUUUAUUCAGUAGUUGGUGCCACAAAGCGUUUUACAAGGAUAAAAAGUAACAAAAUCAAAACAGUAAAACAAGCAAGAAAGGGUUAAGUAAACAUUAAGAUAUAUAAGCUAGAUGAUAAAAUUGUUUUGUUUUUGUUUUUUGUAAAUUUAGUUUUAAAGGCAACAACAGUGGGACCUUUCCUUACAGGGCAAGGCAGGUCAAUCCAUAUUUUAGGGGCUUUAUAGCUGAAUGCUCUACCACCUUGUAGCAGGGGGAGAUCUGUGCUGAUUCUUCUGGCGUA